GCUGCUAGUCAGCUCACAUUCGUCCAUCUUAUUCUGUGCCUCAUACAUGCGCAUACUGCUAAUUGACCGGCGUAUAAUAUUCUAACGUUUCUUUGGGGAUUUCUUAUUAGUAUUUCAUCUUAUUAGUUAUUAAUAGGUAUAUGUUACUACGUUAUCAAGGGAUUCUGGGUGAAAUAAUCCUGAAAUAAAGGAAAACGAGGGUACCUUUCCACCAAUAUGUCGUACCCCCCUCACCUAAAUCGGAUUCCCCAGCUGCCUCCUGGUAUCCCCCCUCCACAAUUUGGAGGGUAUCCUCCCACAGUGCCUCCAGGAGCUCCAAUGAUUCCAGUUCACAUGGGCAUAAUGACGCCUGCACCAACGGUACUGGUCCCCUCCACAGUAUCUGUGACACAGAAGCCAACAGUGGUAAGGAAGGAGGCAAUCACAACACAAGCCAAGGGGACAGAGGAGAGUAGUAACAACACCAACACUACUGCCACCACUGGUGGCCCAACCACCACAGUGUUUGUGGGAAACAUUUCAGAAAAAGCUUCAGACAUGCUUGUCCGACAGCUUCUAUCGAAGUGUGGCCUGGUUCUCAGCUGGAAAAGAGUCCAGGGAGCCUCUGGAAAACUUCAAGGUAAAAACAAAACAGCGUUUGGGUUCUGUGAGUACAAGGAACCUGAGUCCACCCUCCGGGCCCUGCGGCUGCUCCACGAGCUGCAGAUCGGGGACAAGAAGCUGCUGGUGAAGGUCGACGCCAAGACCAAGGCCCAGCUGGACGAGUGGAAGGCCAAGAAAAGAAAUGCCAAUGGGGCAGCAAAGCCUGAGGAUAGUACAAAGGACGAGGACGAUGAAGAGGAGAGUUUGGAUGAAGAGACAAAGCGUCGGGACCAGACCGUGAAAGGGGCAAUCGAAGGCCUAAUUCGUGAGUACUCCAGUGAGCUCAAUGCCCCCUCUCAGGACUCGGACUCACACCCCCGCAAGAAGCGGAAAGAGAAGAAAGAGGAGGAGGAUAUCAAUGCCAUCGAGAUGGAGGAGGACAAAAGAGACUUAAUAUCCAGAGAGAUCAGCAAGUUCAGAGACACUCACAAGAAACUGGAGGAGGAGAAGGAGAAGGAGCGGCUGGAGCUGGAGCGCGAGCGGCGGGAGCGGGACAAGGAGCGCGAGCGGGAGCGCGAGCGGAGGGACCGCGAGCGUGAGAAGGAGCGUGAGCGCGAGCGACUCAAGGAGCGGGAGAAGGAGCGCGAGAGGGAGCGCGAGCGAGACCGAGACCGCGACAGGGAGUGGGAGAGGAACAAGGAGAGGGAGCGCGAGCGCGAGAGGGAGCGCGAGGAGAGGAGCCGCGACCGGAGCCGUGACCGCAGCAGGUCCAGGGAGCGUAACCGGGAAGAGAAGAAGAGAGACCGGGAGGAGGAUGAGGAGGAGGCGUACGAACGGCGCAAACUUGAGAGGAAGCUCAGGGAGAAGGAGGCCGCCUACCAAGAGCGGCUGAAGAACUGGGAGAUCAGGGAGAGGAAGAAAGCGCGGGAUUACAGCAAAGAUGCUGAAAGAGAAGAUGAGCGACGUCGAGAAAUGGCUAAAGAGGCCAAACGGCUGAAGGAGUUUUUGGAGGAUUACGACGAUGAUCGGGACGACCCAAAAUACUACAGGGGGAGUGCUCUUCAGAAGCGCACGAGGGACCGCGAGAAGGAGCAGGAGCUGGACGAGCGGGACCGUAAGCGAGAGAAGGAAGAGCAUGAGGAGAUCCGGCAGAGGUUGCUGGCUGAGGGACAUCCAGACCCUGAUGCUGAGCUCCAGAGGAUGGAGCGUGAGGCGGAGCAGCGGCGGCAGCCUCCCCCGAAGCCCGAGGAGCCCGAGGAGGCGCCCAGGGAGCGCGGCCACAGGGAGCAGCGCGAGCGCGAACGAGAGCGCGACAGGGACAGGGACCGGGAAAGGGACCGGGACCGAGAACGCGAGCGUGAACGGGAGCGUGAACGCGAGCACCGGUCUGCAGGCGAGCGGGCUGCCCCUCCUCGUUCUGACCACCGGUCUGCAGAUGACGAGGAUGUAGACGAUGGGCCGGACGAUGAGGAAGACGUCGGGGAGGAGGAGGAGGAGGAGGAGGAGGAGGAUGCUUCCGAGGUCAAGCCCUGCCUGAAGCCCACGCUCCGGCCAAUCACCUCGGCGCCGUCCAUCUCCUCCGCCAGUGGCAAUGGCACACCCCUCACACCCGGCAACGAGUCGCCCUGCGGCAUCAUCAUCCCCCAUGAGAACUCGCCGGAAGCCCAGCCUACUGAGGAGCACCGGCCAAAGAUCGGCCUCAGCCUCAAGCUAGGAGCCGCAGGCAGCCCUGGUCAGCCACACGUGGUCAAGCGCAAGAAGCUUGCGACAGUGGACAGUGUCUUCAACCGCUUCGAUGAGGAAGAGGAAUCGGAGGCGCCCCGCAAGCGGAAGCUGGUGCCGCUGGACUACGGCGAGGACGACCGCGGCGGCAACCUGGGACUGGACGGUCUGGACGUGAGCGCGACCAAGGGCGGCGCCAACAGCGAAGAGAAGCGCCGGCACAUCAAGAGCCUGAUCGAGAAGAUCCCCACGGCCAAGACGGAGCUCUUCUCCUACCCACUGGACUGGUCCAUAGUAGACUCGACUCUAAUGGAGCGGCGGAUUAGGCCAUGGAUCAACAAGAAGAUCAUCGAGUACAUUGGCGAGGAGGAGGCCACUCUGGUUGACUUUGUGUGCUCCAAGGUGAUGGCGCACAGCACCCCACAAACUAUACUCGAUGAUGUUGCCAUGGUGCUGGAUGAGGAAGCUGAGGUCUUCAUAGUGAAAAUGUGGCGGCUGCUGAUUUAUGAAACUGAGGCCAAGAAGAUAGGCCUGGUGAAGUAAAGGUUCCGGUUAGAGGGGCGAAGUCUGUCUGCCCUGCCUGUGCCCUCCCCCCCCAGACUAUUUAUUUAACCCCAUGCAGACUAUGGGUCCUCAGAAACGGCACGACCACAAGAGCAUGGGCCUACACACCCCUGUCCUGCUAGAGAGAAAGCUCCUGUACAAAGUGGUGUGUAUGUAUGUAUGGUAUGUAUUUGUGUGUGUGCGUGUGUUUUUGUGUGCGUGCACAUGUGGUUGGGUGUGC